CGGAGAUCCCCCAGCCUAGAGAUCGAUGGAGCAGCACGGCAGAGGAGCGCCUGCUUCUGGAACUGGAAGCCCCAGCCUCAGCCUCGCCGGAGAUGUGAUGAACAUUGCGUGCCAGGAUUUUCUACCACCGUGUGCGCAGACCAGGACGAGUUCUUUCGUCAAUGCGAUCCAGAUAAAAAGGCCUUGUCCUUGUACGGCCACGAAAGCGGGGAAUGGGAAGUGAUGCUCCCAACAGAGAUGUUGCCCGCGGAGUUGCCAGAGCCAGCGCUGGGCAUCAACUAUGCGCGAGAUUCAAUGAACCGUCUGCACUGGCUCUCCAAAGUAGCCAUUCACGCUGACUCAUGGCUCAUUGCCGUUGCCUUCUACUUCGAGCAGGUGUUCCUCGACAAACGCCAAAGGAUGUGUUUAUUCAGUAUGAUGAACGAUUUACCAACCGUCCUCGAAAGUUGCUCUUACUUCCACAAAUAUGAGUGCACUUGUUGCGCCCCAAGAAAGAUGCCACCAUCUCCAGUUUUAAUGGUUUCAUCAGGGGAUCCAAAGAAGCGCUCUCGGACUACACUAGAUGAAGAUCUGAACAUUAACCCAAGAAAUGGCUCGCGGGCUACAGAAGCUGCUGAAGAUAAUGCUGAGGAGAAUAAAGAUACGGAUCAAGAUUAUUGGGCAGCUUGCGGUGCUCCGUACAAUAAGAAUGCGUUCUGGAUCUGCUGCGACUUCUGCCACCUGUGGUUCCACGGUAAAUGUGUGAACAUGACUUCUGCCCAAGCAGAGCAGGUGAGAGAAUAUAAGUGUCCUGACUGUAUCCUUGAGGAACUCGGAGAGUAGCUAGUAGCUACCGUAGAUUUAGUUUGCAUGUAUUGAGGAAUAAGUGAGCCGAUAGCUACGAUUUUUUGCCCGGAGUACCAAUCAUUGAAACCUCCUUCACAUUUCUAUGUCGAACAAACAGUUGUUUUGAUAUUUUAAUCAGUCACAUGUUGCUUUCCUUUCAAA